AUGAGCAGUCUCACUAUACCCCCAGGCACAGAUCUCUGCCAGCUCCCUGCAGCGAUGCCUCCUCCCGGUGUUGUUCCUAACUUCGUCGAUCCUGAAUCACUCGCGCCAGCUCUCAUCGCGGUAUCGGCGGUCAUGCUCACCUGGUCGACAAUAUUCAUUGCUGCGCGGCUAUGGAUGAACUGGCGGGACUUGAAGUUGGCAGAUUACUUUGCCAUCAUCGCCUGCGUUCUCAAUGCGGCCUAUACAGGGCUUAUCCUGUCAGUUGCUCGGUAUUCACGGCAUCAAUGGAAUGUGCCCAUAUGUUGGUACACUGCAACAUACUUGAAGCUUAUCUUUUCAUUUGGCAUGCUGCUCGGGCCCGCCAUCUUCUUCGCCAAAGCUGCCAUCUUGCUGCUCUACCUUCAAAUAUUCUCUGCAAAUAGGACUAUCCGCAUAACUGUCUAUAUUCUAAUGGUCGUCCUCACUCUCACCUACUGGACCAACUCGAUUCUUGAGAUUGCCUUUGCAUGCCCACGACCUGGUGAGACGUGGAUAGAUCUUUUGACGAGUGGCAAUCCCGGAAAGAUCAUCUACUUCGGACCGGUUCAGGGUUCAUUGGCCGUCGUCAUCGAUAUAGCCAUCUUCAUACUACCACUGCCGGUAUUAUGGAAACUUAACAUGCCCCUCAGAAGACGCAUCGCUUUGUGCGCCGUCUUCUUCACUGCCUUGAUGGGAGUUAUCGCCAGUGUCAUCGCACUUUAUGGCCGCAUCAAGUUGCUAGGCACACCAGACCUCACUUGGCUCGAGACUCAGCUGUUUAUUUGCAUCAUCGUCGAAAACAAUGUCGCUUUAGUGGUCUGCUGUGUACCUGCUUUCAAGAACAUGUGCAAGAAGCAUAUUGCAGAAACUCGUGUAUGGAAGGCGUUUAUAUCCAGAAUCCACCGCAGACGCAGCGGCAGAGGUGGUGAUGGAAGAGGCGGCAAGGACGUCGAGAAAGACGGCAACAGACAUUGUGGCGGCCCCCGACUUGCUCAAGACUAUCUCAACACAGAAAACUCCAAAGAGUCGACUUAUGAAAAUGAGGGCUCUGGCAGUUACGAUGCGAGCAGCUAUUCGUCACGAGUAGUUCAUAUUCACGGCGGCACCAAAGAAGAGAAUGAAAUGCCGGAAUCGGCAAAUGCUGGCGCGAAUGGAAUUGUCCGAAACAUUGAUAUCACGCACGAGGUUCAUCCUGAGCAUGUGGUUUAG